AUGGACUUUGAGAACACUAAGCAAUAUGAAGCGAGACGCAUCUGCCCUCAGGGCAUCCAACUGUCCUCAGAAUUGACCUCCCAGAAGCUGCUCUGUGCCCGGUGGCCCCAGCGGGGCCAGAUGUCAUGCCUCUCUGUUGUCCCCUACACUCCCCUUGGAAUCACUUGUCCUCCCCAGGGCUAUCUCCAGUUUCACUACAAGGACUACCAGUAUGUUCUAGCUGUGGUCUUUGCCACGAAGAAAUCAAUAGGAAGCCCCAUCUUUUUACACGACGUGACUAUGGGAUUUGAUGUCUGCAAUGCCCGGCACAGUGAACAGGGGGCGCUGGAGAGCUCCCUCAUCUGGCUGCCCGGGCUGGGCAAGGACAUCCCGAAUUAGACCUGCAGGAGAGAGAGCAAGGCUGUAGCAGUACUUACGGGAACUACACAGGCAAUCUCUGCCCGGAUUGGAGCACUGCUGGAACUCUACAGGUUUCCACAGCUUACGUCUGGUCCUUUUGAUCCUACCCUGAGUGACAAUGAGCAGCGUCCCCCUCUCUACCAGAUGGACACGUCUCUGGCCCUUGCCAUGGUCUCUCUGAUGCCUCAUUUCAGUUGGACCUGGGUGGGGCUGGUCAUCCCAGAGGACAAGAGAGGUGCUCAGUUUCUCUCAGACUUGAGAGGAGAGAGGGACGGGAAUGGAAUCUGUGCAGCCUUUGUGGAAAUGAUUCCUGUCCCUGAGAGGUCGUAUUCCUCACUCUCCUUGUUCUGUCAUUUCCGGAUCAGGGACUCAUCUGCGAAUGUGGUUUUCAUUUGUGGUGAUACUGACUCUCUCAUAAGCUUGAACUUCUCUAAAUGUCAGCUUCUAGUGAUAUGGGAACUCCGGGUCACCACCUUGCAGUGGUAUUUUACUACCAACGAGAGACAAUUCACACUUGACUCAUUCCAGGGGACUCUCUUAUUUUCACAUCCCCCCGCUGAGAUCCCUGGUUUUGAAAAUUUUAUCUAGAAAGUUAAGCCUUCCAAAUACCCAGAUGACGUUUACCUCGCUAAACUCUGGUUCAUCUCUUUUGAUUGCACAGUUUCUGAGUCUGACUUUAAAACACUGGAGAACUUUCCAGUCCAUGCCUCCUUGGGACGCUCUCCAAAAUACCGAUGCAUCUGCCAGUGCAUCCAAGCUCCGUAA